GCCUCCCGCGGGCUGCUCGCCGGCUGCAGUCGGCAGUUAGCGAGUGGCCGCGAGGGAAGCAUGCACGCGGGCGUGUGGGCCGCGCUCGGCCCGCUGCUUUGGGCCUGCGGGCUGGCGCUGCAGGGCGGGAUGCUGUACCCCCGGGAGAGCCCGUCGCGGGAGCGCAAGGAGCUCGACGGCCUCUGGAGCUUCCGCGCCGACUUCUCCGAGAACCGACACCAGGGCUUCGAGCAGCAGUGGUACCGGACCCCGCUGCGCGAGUCGGGCCCCACCCUGGACAUGCCGGUUCCCUCCAGCUUCAACGACGUGGGCCAGGAUAGGCAGCUCCGCAACUUUGUCGGCUGGGUGUGGUACGAGCGAGAGGUGACCCUGCCCCAGCGAUGGACCCAGGACCUGGGCACCAGGGUGGUGCUGAGGAUUGGCAGUGCCCACUACUAUGCCAUUGUGUGGGUGAAUGGGGUGCACGUGGCGGAGCACGAGGGGGGUCAUCUCCCCUUCGAAGCUGACAUCAGCAAGCUGGUCCAGAGUGGGCCCCUGUCCUCCUGCCGCAUUACCAUUGCCAUCAACAACACGCUCACCCCCCACACUCUGCCGCCGGGGACCAUCCUCCACAAGACGGAUCCCGCCAUGUACCCCAAGGGUUACUUCGUCCAGAACACAAACUUUGACUUCUUCAACUACGCGGGACUGCAUCGGCCUGUGCUCGUCUACACCACACCUACCACCUACAUUGAUGACAUCACCGUCACCACCGGCGUGGACCAGGACACUGGGCUGGUGGAUUACCAGAUUUUUGUCCAGGGCAAUGAAUACUUCCAGCUGGAAGUGUAUCUUCUGGACCAGGAAGGCAAAGUCGUGGCCCAGGGGACAGGGGGCCGCGGCCAGCUGCAGGUGCCCAACGCCCACCUCUGGUGGCCUUACCUGAUGCAUGAGCACCCCGCCUACCUGUACUCGUUGGAGGUGAGGCUGACUGCACAGACAGCAGCUGGGGCCGUGUCUGACUUCUACACUCUCCCCGUGGGCAUUCGCACCGUGGCCGUCACAGAGCACCAGUUCCUCAUCAAUGGCAAGCCUUUCUAUUUCCAUGGGGUCAACAAGCACGAGGAUGCUGAUAUCCGAGGGAAGGGCUUUGACUGGCCCCUGCUGGUGAAGGACUUCAGCCUGCUGCGCUGGCUCGGGGCCAACGCCUUCCGCACCAGCCACUACCCCUACGCCGAGGAGGUGAUGCAGCUCUGCGACCGCUAUGGGAUCGUGGUCAUCGAUGAGAGUCCGGGUGUGGGCAUCGUGCUGGUCCAGAGCUACGGCAACGAGUCUCUGCAGCACCACUUGGAGGUGAUGGAGGAACUCGUGCGCAGGGACAAGAAUCACCCGGCCGUUGUGAUGUGGUCCGUGGCCAACGAGCCCGCUUCCUUCCUGAAGCCUGCUGGUUACUACUUCAAGACGGUGAUUGCCCACACCAAAGCCUUGGACCCGUCCCGGCCCGUGACAUUUGUGACCAACACCAACUAUGAAGCAGACCUGGGGGCGCCCUAUGUGGACGUCAUCUGUGUGAACAGUUACUACUCCUGGUACCAUGACUACGGGCACUUGGAGGUGAUUCAGCUGCAGCUGGCCACUGAGUUUGAGAACUGGUACAGGACCUAUCAGAAACCAAUAAUCCAGAGCGAGUACGGAGCCGCGGCCAUCGCGGGCUUCCACCAGGAUCCACCUGUGAUGUUCAGCGAGGAGUACCAGAAGGCUGUGCUGGAGCAGUAUCACUUGGUUCUGGAUCAGAGACGCAAAGACUACGUGGUUGGAGAGCUCAUCUGGAAUUUUGCCGAUUUUAUGACUAACCAGUCACCGCAGAGAGUAAUAGGGAAUAAGAAGGGGAUCUUCACUCGCCAGAGACAGCCAAAAGCGGCAGCAUUCCUUUUGCGAGAGAGAUACUGGAAACUUGCCAAUGAAACCAUGUACCACCAGUCAUCCAUGAAGUCACGGUGUUUGGAGAACAGCCCGUUUAACUUUUAAAGCAAGAACCACCGCUCCGGGUGGCUCUCAGCACCCCCUCCCCAAGUCAGGGGCCGCGUCCACGGCGAUGAGAUGGAGUGCGUCCUGGACCAUGCGUGGCAGGCUGGGCCGACUCAGGCCCGCAGUUUGUACUAAUUCACUAGGAGGGAAUGUUAGCGGCGAAGAGAAAGGCUUUUGUUGCGUGUGAACCAAGAGUUGUCUUUAUGGAAGUGACCAUAAAGACAUAAAUCGGACGACUGAAUAAAUCUGUAAAUUGAAUAACCUUA